AUGGUUGUGUCGUCCCCAGUGGAGAAGCCACAGGUUCCCGAUGAUUUAGGACCCAUACAAGAAUACGAUAGACGAGUAGCCGCAGGUCGAUUACGAGAGGACGAGCACCAGCGUGGAAUUAUCCAGAGUCUACAACAUCUACACGAUGAACUCAUACAAUACCGCGCGCCGCCUGUCGUGCACCCAACCUUCGAAUCCCUGAAACCUUCAAAGUCACUGUUCGGGUGGUUUGGACUGAAGGCGGGUACAGCAGCUAUACAGCAGAUCCCCGAUGAUCUGCCGCGAGGGUUGUAUCUGUAUGGCGACGUGGGCAGCGGGAAGACCAUGUUGAUGGAUCUCUUCUACGACACGUUACCGAGCUCCGUCAGGUCGAAAACGCGCAUACACUUCCAUAACUUCAUGCAGGAUGUGCACAAGAGGCUACACCGCAUGAAGAUGGAGCAUGGGAACGAAAUAGACGCAGUGCCGUUCGUCGCGGCCGACAUUGCAGAUCAAGCAAACGUAUUGUGUUUCGACGAGUUCCAGUGCACUGAUGUGGCCGAUGCCAUGAUACUACGAAGGCUGCUCGAGUCGCUGAUGUCUCACGGUGUUGUUCUCGUCACCACGUCGAACCGACAUCCCGACGAGCUCUACAAGAACGGUAUACAACGGGAGUCUUUCAUCCCAGCCAUCAAUCUCCUAAAGUCACGGUUGCAUGUCAUCAACCUGGACUCGCCAACCGAUUACCGCAAAAUCCCCAGACCACCCUCUGGGGUCUACCACACGCCGCUGGACAAUCAUGCCGCGUCACACAUCGAGAAGUGGCUUCGCUUCCUCGGUGAUUCCGAGCACCCGGAGCCUCACUCCGAGACCCAGGGGGUAUGGGGCCGCGAAAUCCACGUGCCCAGGGUCAGCGGCCGCUGCGCCUGGUUUACUUUCCAGGAGCUCAUCGGCCGGGCCACGGGUGCCGCCGACUACAUUGAGCUCAUGCGUAGCUACGAUGCCUUCAUCAUCUCGGACGUGCCGGGGAUGACGUACCGAGAGCGCGACCUGGCCAGGCGGUUCAUCACGUUUAUCGACGCUGUCUACGAGUCUCACGCCAAGCUGGUGCUGACAACAGCAGUCCCGUUGACACAGCUGUUUGUCUCACCGGACGAGUUUCGCAACUCACUGAAGAAAGACGGAAAGGCAUCAGACGAUGAAUCGGACGCCGAGUCGGUCAGCCACGCGAUGCAGCACAUGAUGGAAGACGUGGACAGCAACAUCGACCAGCUGAAGAGCUCGAACCUGUUCUCGGGCGAUGAGGAGCGCUUCGCCUUUGCGCGGGCGCUGUCGCGUCUGACCGAGAUGGCCAGCCGCGACUGGGUCGAGCGAGGCAUGGGGCUCGAGCAGUUGGGAGGCAAGAAGGAGAAGGACGACUGGGCCAAAGUGCGCAGUCGGCAAAUGGAGGACAGCAUGUGA